AUCAAUUAUCGAAGGAUUGUAAUAAUUUAUGCUAAUGAGGUAGCAAGUGCCCUUUAUAUGUCGUGACGUCAUUAAUUAGUGUCUAAAUAUAUCGUAUUGUGGAGUGUACAUGUAUAAUCAGAAAAUAACAAAUAUAAAACCUAAUAAAAGAUGCGAUGGAGGAGAUUAAGGUGAAGAAAUUUGGACCUUUGUGCGGAAAACAUGGUUCAAGCGUGUUUUACAAGGCAUUUAAGUAUAAAAAGGAUGGGAAAAGCAAAAUUAUAUCUUUGGGACAGUUUUUCUUUAUGAAAAUUUUGGACUCGAUCCCCAUCUGUAUCGGAGAGCUGCAGCUGGUGUGGGAAGACAAGCCGUCGGCGACGGACCUAGCAAGUGUAAGGCUUUAUUUUCUGCCAGAAUGUACGCCGGAUGGGAGACAGUCGAAUCAUGGAGAGGAUGAGGUGUUGGCUUAUUACGAAAAGAUCGUGCUAAAACUAAAUGAUCUUGCUUCCAUGGUGGUACACGAUGUUUCAUGGAGUGAUGGACGCCGGGCGUUCACGUGUGCACGUGACAAGAGCGCUCGUGACAGUGAAUAUGACGAGCUUACGGAUGCUUUCAAGAUGAACAGUUAUGGUUUAGACAACAGGGACAUUGAGAAAGAAAAAGAUGCUGCAGAGGCCAAGGAGAAAUUUGAAGAUAGUUCGCCAGAUGUCGUGAUAAUGACGUAUCCAAGAUACUGCCGAUACCGGUGCAUGUUAAAACGUCUGGAAAAUUGUGAGGACAAAUGGCUACACAAAACACUCGUCUGUGCCCUUGGAGGAUUUUCCUCUUUAAAGGAAAACAAUAGGGUUUACUUCUGCAAGAACAUAUUUGAACACGCCGACCUUGAUGAUUUCGAACUUAGAUGUGAUCAUCUAGCUCCAAACUUGAAAGGGCGGCCACGCAAGCGUAAAGGAUCAAAACGUGACCCUAAUGACUCAUCAGAUGAUAGCAGCAGUUCAUCAAGUUUUUCAGCCCAACCUGAGACAGCAGCCAACAAAGUCAGGACUGGAUCCAGGGCUACACCAUUAAGGAAUGGUUUCAGAAUUGAUAAAAUAAAUGUUAGCAAAGAUGAGCAGGCUUUUCUCAUAGAACUCCACAAAUAUAUGAAGAGCAGAAACACACCCAUUGGAAGGAUUCCAAGUCUAGGAUUUAAACAAAUUGACUUGUUCCAGUUUUAUUCUCUGGCUGAGGAGAUAGGGGGAUAUGAACAGAUAUCAAUGAAACGAAUGUGGAAACAUUUAUAUGACAAACUUGGUGGGAACCCAGGAUUUACGAGUGCUGCUACAUGCACGCGGAGGCAUUAUGAAAAGCUGCUUCUGCCAUUUGAGCGUUACAAGAACGGCAAAGAAUUCAAGCCAAUACAGCAUAAAAAGAAGAAGUUCAGAUUGGAGAAUAACGUAUUUUUAUCAGAGAAGUUUAAGGUCAAUAAACAGCCAGAAAUCACUGAUGUCAAGGUCAAAAGUGAAACAAAGAUAAAAACAGAGACAAAAGUGAUGUCUGAAAUGAAACCACUGGAGAAUGGUAAAGCAGAAAUGGCAAAUAACAAAGAAAAGGUUGAUGUCAAAGAUAAAGCUCUUAUCAUUAAACAGGAAAUAGAGAAAAUGAAAAUGAGAAAGGAUGCUCGUAAACAUGGUACAUCUAUCAUGAAUAAAACAAAUACAAAACUUACUGGUACACUGGAAAAAAAGAGAUCUUCUGACGAGUGUAAGAAACCACGAUGGGGAGAAAAGGGGCGUAGACCAUCUGGUGGUCAGAAAACAGUGAGAGAACUCCUGCAUCAGAAUGGUCAGGAUUCUGGUGAAGCUACUGAUGGAAAUAAUACAGAGAAAGUCACAGAUCAGAAACAGAAAAAUGUAAUCGAAAGAGAAGAGGGAAAAAUUGUUGAGAAAUCUGACAAUAGAGAAACAACUGUACCAAGCAUGCCACCAGUGUUGCACACACCUACUCCACAAGUUGACACAAAAUCCUUACCCCCACAGCCCAUUUUACCAAGCAUAAAUGCACCGCGACCCAUGUUUUAUCCACAGUUGAUUCCAGUAGGCGGAGCAAUCAGAAAUAUGACUCCAAUUGGAAUGCCAUUUAUGAUUGGGCCUCAGUUUGGCUUUCAGACUGUAUCCAAUCAAAUGCAAACAAUGCAAGCCAUAGGUAGCGCUCCCGGUGUUAAAGAGGAGAAACCACUAAAUGCAUUAAACAAACUUGUAUCAGAGCAAAGCGCCGGACCAAGUGUUAACAGGAAUGCCAUACCAUCUCAUCCAGGCAAGAAUAACCCUCCUCCACAUAUCACACCUCCAUCUGCACACAGUUCUCAAAUCACUUCAAAUGGACCUUUAAUAUCCCCACAAAGUGGUCCCCAAGCACAUCGACCUAUCACCCCGGCUCAUUCACACAACAGUAAACGGCAAUAUCCAUAUCCUGACACAAAUAGAAAUCACCCUACAUACUCAUCCAACUAUAGUGCAAGAGAUGUGAAAAAAGAACCAGUCAACGAUUUAGAUCUCAAGAGACAAAAGUUGCAUGGAUCUCAGGAAAAACCGUACCAGCCUGGUACAAAUGAAUUUGAAAUGCCAGUGCUGGACUUGAGUAUGAAAACAUUACGAGCACAGGAAGCAAGGCACCAGAGAGGAGAAUCUUUAUUGUUUAAUACUAGUUUUAACAAAGAGAAUAGGACUGCUUCAAAGGCAGAUUCCUGUGAUUCACCCCAGGAUUUGUCAUUGAAGUCAAAAACUAAUUCAAAUGGUAACGAAAGACAACCAAAUGUUCAUAAAAGUGUUCCGUUAAAUAUCCCAUUCCCACGUUUACCUACUGUUCCUACCCAUGCCAAGAUAGAGGAAGAAGUUAGAAAAGAUAGAAUUGAUUUUCAGGCUCCAUGUAGUAGUAAACCGAUACUUCCGGUUAGUUCGAGCACUAUUACAACUAUUGGCGGACUUCCGGUAGAUUUGAGUAGUUUUGUUCAUCCAGCAUUCCCGCAACAGAUGUUGAUGCAGGGCGUUUUCCCGACGCCGUUUCAGCUUCAGCAGAUGAUUCAAGGACAGGUGGCUGCCGGUAUGCCCAUGUUAAGGCCAGACUUUAUUCCGUCGCCAUUAAUGUUCCCGCCCAGUAUGUCUGUAGUUGCGCCAACAAUGUUCACGAAUGUGAUGCCUUCGGUGGCAAAGACUAGCACAAAUACUGCACCCAUUGUUAAAAGAUAGAACUUGUGGUGUUGUUUAUUCCAUUUUAAUUUAUUAUUGCAUCGAAAUUCAAGUUGCCAGAUGUCAGAAGUUUGAAAGUUACUUACACAUAUGGUUAGUGUAUUUCUUUUAUUUCUUGAUUUGGUAAAUACAAGUUAUUAAGAGGUUUAUUACUUCUAUGUUACAUGUGCUAUUUUAUCUUUUUUCAAAUAGCCUUUGAUACGCCUUCAUAAAGAAUGAAACUGUGUAUAAAAACACCAUUUUUGAUAUGAUAUUUUGUAUAAAGACACAAAAAUUUGUCAGAGGUUGACAUGUCUCACCAGUCCAUAUAAAAUAUAUGGUUUAAAACCAAGAACAUAUUGAACUUAACUCAGCUUUUAUGUUUUUUUUCUUAUACAGAAUAGCAUACAGAUGGUUAAGUUAAUUUUGUACCAAUAUAAAUAUUGCAAAACUUACCACCCUUUUGAUCACUUCAAACGGCCGCAUAUCCCUACAAACCAAAGUACAAUAUAAUUUUGCAAAACUUACAUAUCAUACGACAUAUUUGAACUAGCAUUUGGUUUUAUACAAGACAAAAGUAUAUUGAUACCUAUUGCAGUUUGAGCUCGGGCACCGUAGGGAAUACAAUGACCAUUAUGAUAGGAUCUAUCAAACUGUUUGCAACUUCUACAGAGCAGUUAGCCAAUCCGGUCACUGCUAAGUAUGAUCGUAAAAUAUUAGAUAUUGAUAAUUAGGCAUAGGUGUGUAUUUGUUAUAUGUUAUAGCUACUGUUAAAAUGUGUAGCAAAAUCUGUUUAUUUGGCAUUGUGAAAAAAUGUGUCAAACUUUCAAGUAAUUUCCAAUGAAAUGUAUACAACUAAAUUGUGACUGAUAUAGAAAAAAAGAUUUAUGACUUUCUAUAGCUACUGUUAAAACGUUUAGCAAAGUCUGUUUAUUUGAAAUUAAAAAAAAAAUAUUUGAAAUUAUGAAAAAAGGUGUUUAACUUUCAUAGUAAUUUCCUAUAAAAGGUGCACAACUCUGCAGUGACUGAAAAAGAAAAUGAAAGAUAAAACUUCUAGUUAUUAGAUUCAGGUAGUAAAUCAUCCCAUUGGUGCUUUUAGAAUUUUUCCAUCUUAAAUCUGAAUGAUUUGCUCUUGAACGUUUUCAUUCAGUAUUGUUUGUUAAAUAGUGUGUAAACGUUGGCAGAAUUUUGCAAUACUUCAUUUGUGUAAAAUUACUGAAACAUACCUGUAAGUUUGUUGCAAUACAUGCAUUAUAUACAAAUAUGGAGUUUCAUUUCAUUAAAUACAUUUUUUCUAUGAGAAAAAAUACGUCAAUCGGCAUUUACUGACACUCUUAUAUCGAAUUUGUAUGUGCAAUUUUUGGUGCGGCUUUACUAAUUACACUUUGUAGUAAAUUGUUCCCAAUGAGCGUUUUGAUAAAUGUUUAGCAUAAUAGGGUAAAUAUUUUUAUGUUUCAGUUUUGUGAAUACACUUGGUUAUUUUUAGAAACUUUAAUUUCUAUAGCAAGACUGUAAGGAUCUUAUACGGUUCAUAAGAAAUUAGUAAAAGUUAAGUAAAUCAGAAUGCUAUUAAUUUGCUUUACUAAGCAUGUAGGUAAUUUGGUGACUUUGUGUGAAUACAACAUUUAUUACAUCAACUUGAGCCUGACGAUUUUAUUUGGUGGUUGGUCAGUGUUCAGUGUGUGUUCUGGUUAACAUCUUUUUGGAAUACAUGAUGAUACACAAUAUUUGUUUUACCUGUUUAGCUCACCUGUCACGAAGUGACAAGGUGAGUUAUUGUGAUUGCUUGAUGUCCGUCGUCAGUCGUGCGUCGUGCGUCAAUAAUUUCUAAAAAAAUCUUCUUCUUGAAAACCACUGGGCAGAAUUACACCAAACUUCACAGGAAUGAUCCUUGGGUGGCCCCAAUUCAAAAUUGUUCAAAGAAUUGAAUUCCAUGGCAACCGAAAGGAAAAAACUUUAAAAAUAUUCUUGUCCAAAACCACAGGGCCUAGGGCUUUGAUAUCUGGUGUGUAGCAUCAUCUAGUGGUCCUCUAUCAAAAUUUUUCAAAUUAUCCCCCUAGGGUCAAAUAUGGCCCCGCCCCGGGGGUCACAUGGUUUAUAAAGACUUAUAUAGGGAAAACUUUGAAAAUCUUCUUGUACAAAACGUCAUGGCCUAGGGCUUUGAUAUUUGGUAUGUAGCAUCAUCUAGUGGUCCUCUACCAAGAUUGUUUAAAUUAUCCCACUAGGGUCAAAUAUGGCCCCGCCCCGGGGGUCACAUGGUUUAUAUAGACUUAUAUAGGGAAAACUUUGAAAAUCUUCUUGUACAAAACCACAUGGCCUAGGGCUUUGAUAUUUGGUAUGUAGCAUCAUCUAGUGGUCCUCUACCAAGAUUGUUCAAAUUAUCUCCCUAGGAUCAAAUAUGGCCCCGCCCCGGGGGUCUCAAGUUUUACAUAGACUUAUAUAGGAAAAAAAGUUUAAAAAUCUUCUUGUCUGAAACCACAACACUUAGACCUUUGAUAUUUGGUUUGUAGCAUUGUCUUAUGGGCCUCAACCAAAAUUGUUCAAAUUGUACCCUUUGGGUGAAAAGAGGCCCUGUCCUGGGGGUCCCAAGUUUUAUAUAGACUUAUUUAGGAAAAAGCUUUAAAAAUCUUCUUGUCUGAAACCAUACGACCUAGGCUUUUGAUAUUUGGUAUGAUGCAUUGUCUAGUAGUCCUCUACCAAAAUUGUUCAAAUUAUGCCCCUGGGUUAAAAGAGGCCCCGCCCUGGGGUCACUUGGUUAUUAUGUGAGUUAUAUAGGAAAAAUACUUAAAAAUCAUCUGAUCCUAUUUCCAAGACUGUUUAAUUAUAAUCACCUGAUGCCCCCAAGUAAUAUGAUGUCACUUGACUGUGACCUUGACCUACUGACCUGCCUUCUUGUUCUUUAAGAUACAACCUUGAAAUUUUGGUGACAUACACAGUUUUGCACACAAAUCGUAAAACUGAAUUUCAUUGACCAUGAAUGUGACCUACCGACUUUCUUAAUAUUUUAUUAUCAUUUUGACAUUUGAAUCAUGUAGCUCAUAUUACUCAGGUGAGCGAUCCAGGGUCAUCAUGACCCUCUUGUUUGAUGUAGGUGGACAGUUUAAUACCUUUUGAUAAGGAAAACUUGUACGAAGUACUUUGGUCAUUUUGGAAAAUCCUGAUUCAAACGCACAAAGGCCUGUUCUUGAGAUCUGUGUAAAUCCAUUUGGGUUUUGCAAGGGGAUAAUAAUAGCAUUGAAACAAAGGAUUGAAGAAUUUAUUUCGUAUUAAACCUUGUUAUCAGGGAUUCUGGAUAAGAUCAUUUCAAAAGUUAAGAAAUACCCUUAAGUUAGUUCUAAUGUUGAUUAACAACCUUUUAGUUGCUUAGAUUUAAAAUGUUUCACUCACGAAAAGUGGGUUUUCUAUGUGCAUUAUUUGAAUGAUAUAAACCUGUUGUAGGAAUAAUGGUACAAUGGUUUUUUAAAUCUCCUGUUUCUUAUGAUUUAAAACAGUAAUUAAAACAAGAUAAAAUGUUCAUUGGAAUAUAUACUGAAAGUUAUUGAUUAACAAGAAAACUUUGUUUAGAAAAUAUUUAUCUAUAACCUUUAUCCUGCUGGCGGCAAUUGAUUCUGCCACCAAGUGAUCAUGCAUGGUCUGCACUGUUCGCUAUUCAGUCUGUAAAUUUUCAGUGAUAAUAAGUGGUAUGGCCCAAACUGAAUGAUUAACCAGACCAUUUUAGAAAUUUAUCAGGCUAAGGGAUAAUAGUGAACUAUACUCUUAUGUUUGAUCUGAAACAAAACUUUUGAUUUCAUUUUACCAAGUGGCAUUAAAGCGACUAACCCACACAUCGUGUGAAUUGUAAUUUUUAAAAUAAUUUAUCACCGAAAGGCCAUUGUUUCAUAUACUUACAUGAAACAUAAUGGUUGACCAGUUUACAGAUUCCAGAAAUACGAAAACAUUCGAAUUUUUGCAGUUUUUCUCAUGUACUUUUAUAAACCGUUACAACGGUUUAUUUUGUAAACAUUGAUAAAUAUAGAACGAGACACGACAGUAUUUUUAGACGCUAUCAUCGCGUGGGCAGCAAAUCAAAAGUGCGCAUGUAGUUUGAUGGGUCAAUUUAUAUACUCGUCUACCGAUUAGGGAAGUCAGCAUGAUUUUCUUUGCCUUAUUUAGGUAAGAACCACUGAAUUGUACCGAAUAACACUACCUAAAUAACGGACCGUUCCAUUCUUACAUCGCUCGCCACAAAACCGAACUAUAGGUAGCGCACAGUAUUAUGGCGUUUAGAAGUGAAAACAAAACAAUAACAUAAAAUUAAGUCAAAACACCAAGUUUACGAUUUAGUUAGUGAUUCCUCGUUGGCCGAGCGGGUACGGUAUUUCUAUUAUACCUUUUUGUCGGGAGUUUGAUCCCCAUUUUUUUUUCAGUUUGCAUUACAUACUUUGUGUAAGUUUGUUUUUCUCUGGUUUCUAAUUUAUUGUUUUGUUUCUUAUUUUCGUAUAAAAUUGGAAGUAUCUAUAAAUCAAUCAAUCCUAAAAUUAUGGCCAGGCAAUGCUUGUAUUAAUGUGAAGUGUAAGAUUGUUAUAAAACUAACCCGUACAGGUUUGAAAAUAUCACAGGAAAGAUUAAAAAACAUUAGAUCAUAUUAAAGGUGGAGUGUAUUAGACCUUUCUAACGUAAACGUUAUUACGAAACGGAAUACUGAAUCCUUAAAAUUUUAGGCUAAUUUGUGGUCUAUGGGAGACAAUUUCAUCCAAAAGUAAUGCAAUAGUAUCUCCUUUAGACCAUUAUUUGCAAAUAACAUUUACGGAUUCAGUAAUCCGUUUCCGAUUUACGUUUACGUUAGAAAGGUCUAAUUAGACAUAAUUACGUGUCAGUUGUGACAUAUGAUUUUAGUGAACAUGUUAGAACUAGAUUUACUAACUCGUUUUGUCUUCAUUGAAUUGUAGUGAAGAAAAAAUUAAAGGCAAAAUUUAACGGGUCUAGGAAUCGAACUCACGACGAACAAGUUUAAUACGAAUGCCGUAACCGCACUAGGCCAACGAGAAAUCACUGACUGCAUUGUUAACGUACUAAGUGUACUGACUUUAUUUUAUGUUUUUUAUUUCAAAACGUCACAAAAGUGUGCGAUACCUAUACGUGUAAUCACGUGAUGUUUGCUGACGGGAAUUCUGUUUUUUUUAUAAACCGGGAAACCCUUUUCAGAUUAUGUAGCAUAUAGGUGAAUAAAGCAAAAGUUUGAUUUUUUAAAAUCUGACACCACGAUGUUUGGGUUAGUCGCUUUAAUAUGAUUUUAAUUAGAUGUUUAUUCAACACAAUUAUAUAUUUUUAUUAUUUCUAUUCACUUAUCUACAAGCUGGAAAAUGACUUUUGUCCUUGCCUUUACCCGGAAGGGCACCUACGUCCUUCCUCCACCAGCUGGAAAUGUCGCCAUAUCACAUUGAAUGUGUCCGAGUGACUUUAAACUUAAAAAAGGAAAUUUGACACUCUAAGACAACUGUAUAUCAUUGGGUGAUUUCAAUAAAUGACAUUUCUUCUACAUACAAAGUUGAAUAAAGUUUAUAAUGAUAUUUUAUUUCCUUUUUGCGUCACAUUUCGUUGAUGUAUGAAGAGUUUGCAAAAAUUUCAAACAAAAUGACACCAUGCUAUUUAGUGUUUACAGUGUAAUACCCUGCAGUGAGAGAUGACAGCUUGUUAAAAGUACUAACACAGUACUACUAUUGUUAAAUGUUCAAAAGUGCAUAUAUUUCUAGUCAUGCGAUAAUAGUGUUCAUUGUGCAUUUUGGCAAUUUUUAUUGUGGUUUUUUUUUAUGUAAACUGGGCUAUUUUGUGUGCAUUAGAGUAAAAAUUUUGGACUGGAUUCGUUUCAGUUAUUAUCACAAUGUCUUGGUUUUUAGCUCAUCUGAGCACAAAGUGUUCAGGAUGAGAUAUGUUGAUAACUCACCGUCCAUUGUCCGUCCGUCCACAUUUUUCUUCAUACGACAUCUCCUCUGGAGCCAUUUGGUGUAAACUUAUGAACCUUGACCGUCAUGCAGAAUUCUACUUAUCAUGGCAACCAAAAAGGAAAAAAAGGAAACUCUUCUCCAAAAGUACGAGGGCAAAGAGCAGCAUUGUCUAGUAGUCUUCUACCAUUUUUUUUUCAAAUCAUGUCUCUGGAGUCAAACUUGGUCUAUCCCCUGGUUCACUUGAUUUACGUAGCUUUAUUUAAGAAAAACUUUAAAAAUCUUCGUGUCAAAAACUUUAAAGCCUAAAGCGUGUAGUUGUCCUCUACCAUAAUUGUUGAAAUCGGGCCUCUGGUGGCAAAAUUGGUCCUUCGCAUCGGGUUCACUUGCUUUACAUAGACUUUUGAAGUACAAAUCUUCUUGUCUUAAACUGUAAUGCUCUGGGCUUAGAUAUUUGACAUGUAGCAUUGUGUAAUGAUCCCCUACCAAGUUAAUUAAAAUAAUGCCCAUGGGAUCAAAAUUUGCCAAGCGCCUGGUGUUCACUUGUUUUACAUAGACUCAUAUAGAAAAAACUUUAAAAACUCUUCUUAUCUUAAAACUCCGGUGAAUAGAUGUUUGGCAAAUAGCAUUGUUUAGAGGUACCCAAGUGCCCAUUUUAGUCAGGUGAGCAAUAUAGGGCCAUCAUAACCCUCUUGAUUUUUUGUUUGGUAAUUUUGCCGUAGAAUUCCACUUUCAAUUGUUAUCUGUACAGAAUAUAAUUAUCUUAUUUAGAGAAUCGGUGAAAAACGCUUGCAUAUGUAUUUUUAGUUAAAGACCCACCACAGCCUAGUGACCUACUCCCCCAACAAACACUUCCUGAAAAUCAUUUUAAUAAUCAGGUGUAAUACAGCAAUACUACAAGAUCGAAAGUUGACAAUUUAGAUCCUUCUUGAUUAAUUUGUUUUCACAACAUUUUCUGCUAGCUUAUUCAGUCAGUCUCUUUCCAGUUAGUUGUAAAACAUGUACAUAAAUAAUUAUCUUACUCUAUAUAAAUAAAGUGUGGUCUUAACUAAAGUACUGUGCAUAUUUCUACAUUAAAAUGUUAAAGCCCGCCUGUUCAGCUAUUUUAGGGAGAGCGUAGAUCUACGGACCACGGGGUCAUGAGUUAAGGUCCUCGGGCGAGGCGUAUGUUUUCAGUGACGAUUUGAUAUGAAAUAUUUCGUCCUCUACCACUGAUUAAACAUGUAGGGAAGUGGGCAGUUACUUGCGGAGAACAGGUUUGAACUGGUGCAGAGUUAGGUUAACUGCCCGCCGUUACAUAACUGAAAUACUGUUGAAAAACGGCGUUAAACCUAAAACAAACAAUAAAAUGUUUAGAUAUUUUUGGGCUUAUAUAUGCCUUUGUCAGUUUGUAACUACAUACUUGUAUUUCUCAUUUUUUAUGCAAAUCAUGUGUAAUUAAUUAAAUACCAUCAUGGAAGCACAAAAAGAGUACAGUAAUACUGUGGUGGGUCUUUAAAAUAAUGUUUGGAAAGCAGUCUCGAAACUCUGGCCACAUCUGAUUGGUUAAUUUUGUAGUUAACUUAUGGCAAAGCUGCGAUUUUGGACUGGUAUCCAAGCUUAGUUUUAUAGAGAUCACAUAUGUUUUAUGUUGUGAAGCUAGAUGAACAUUUUUAUUAACUAAUUUGAUAAGGAGUGGUGACUCUGCAUAACUUGCAAUUCUUACGUUUUUGUUUGAUAAAUAUUAUUAUAUUCUAUUCAUAAUAUACAAUGCACCUAUUUAAUAUUGACAUAAUAAUAUAAUAAACAGCUGAAUAUUUA